UCAGCAUUUUUAUACAUAGCCAGAAAACAGCACAAUUCAUAUACAUUCUACAAUGGGGACACUUUGAAAAUAUAAGCCAUCAGGUACGAAUGCCUCAUAGAUUGUGGGGAGAUGAAGGUUGUGCCAAAUGUAAGUUAAAAUGUAAAGUCUCGUUUGAUUUUUACCUCCAUUUCAUAUGGUGAAAAUUUCCAUGAGUGAAAUUGUGAGCCUACUGAAGUCAUUGACUUUAAUGGGGCCAGGAUUUCACCCUAUAUACGAAAUAUACAAUAAAAAAAAUGCACUCUUUUUUGGAUUUCCUGUUAUCAUCAUUAUUUUAUUAUGUGUUAUGGCAGCUUCUAGACACUCCAAACAGGACUAGUGUACUUUGUGCUAGGUGAUGUAUGAACUAAGAGUAAAAGACAGUCUCUGUCUCAAAAAGUUAAAAUAGUACUUAAAACAAGAUGCCAAUUAUUGGGUACAACAAAAAAUAGGAAGAAACAAUACAGGGAGAAUGCGAGAAACAGUAAUAAGAACAUGUUUGCAUAGGCCAAAUACAUGCAUACCUCAAUGGUUUUAAACUGGUAAAUAUUUUUUUAAAAUUAUGACAAAUAAGAUAAAUAUCAGAAUCCCUGGCCAUUUAUCUAGCCACUAUCUAGAAUGUCAUUUUGCAUAAAUUCAGUGGUUCAAAUUAAUCCUCGAUGUAGUCCCAAUGACAUCAGUGGGUUUACACUAGGGGUUCAUUUGGUCCAGUAAGUAAAACUCAUUAAUUUCUAAUAGUUAAUUUAUUUACACUGGAUAUACCAGCUCUUCAGACACACAACUCCAAUAGCUGAAACUAAGUUCCUUAGAAAAGAUAAGUACUUUUUUUUCUGCAAGGACAGUGUAGGAUGGUGUACCCAUUGGUGAGUGAAAAAUUAGUCAUCUGUGCUUUGCCGGUGAUACUGAUCCGAUUGAACAUUGCAAGAAGGGCAAAGAUUGCUAGGAAGCAGAGAAGUUAGGUCCAAAGAUAAUGGUGACAUCUUAGCCUGUUUGAAAAAAUGAAGAUAUUCCUACCCAAAUCUGAGGAGGCAUUGGAGUGCACUGAGCCCUUCAAAUUGCCGGAUAGCAUGACUACAAGGGAUGCUAAACAUCACUUAGAGAUCUGAAAUAGAACUGGAUUUGCAAAUGCUGUUCUAGCAACACUGAGCCACAUUUGAAUUAGUAAAGGUAUUACUAUGACAUGUAAAAUGAAAUUACGGCAGUCUCUUGCUAUAUGCAUGUGAGACGUGGAUGCAGAGGAAAUAAGACAUUAAGAGGCUUUCUGCCUUCGAAUUGAAAUGCCACAGGCAAUUGCUGUGCUUUUGCUAUACCUUGCAUGCAAAAAAUGAAGCGGUAACUACACAAAUUUACAACAUAACCAAGUUGAUACCUGAUAUCAUCGAGAUGACAAGAGGAAGAAAACUUGAGCUCGUGGGACAAGUGAGUCAGAUGAGCAGAGGAAGAUUGACAAAGCAAGUUUUGCAGGGUCUGGUGCUGGGGCAUGGGUGAUUAGAUGAUGGGGCUGACUGGACAGGAUGUGGUAUGCUGCACUUCUCAAAGCUGCAUGAAGACUGUAAAUUGUGUAGGAAGGCUGCUGGCCAGUGACUCCCAGGUGGUGUGUUUACUGUUCAUUGUGAUGUGACUAAAUGGUGCUUUGUAUUAUGAAAGUAUAAUAAACAAAUAAACAAUGACAGUGUGAGGAAAAAUUGCCUUCAUAUCUUUGUUGUCUAGAGAAGAAGUGUAGUCCCCUGGCUAAAGGCACAGAAGCCUGGACAUUUAUGUUCUUUCUGGCUCUGCCCAAUGAAUCAAUGUGUGAUCUUGAGCGAAUCACUCACGUCUUUCCAGGCUUCACUCUUCCCAUCUGUAAAAUGGUGAUAAGGAUACUUGCCCACUUCUUCCUUAAAGCACUGAGAUAUACCGAUGAAAAGCACUAAGUAAGUACCAAGUAUUAUUACUACUACUACUACACAGGGGUUGAGCUAUGGUACUUAAACUCCUUUGAAACAUAAAUUCAUAGGCCUGCAACACUGACUCAGCCCUGUAGCCUCAGCAGUAGUAUAUUAUGCAGUUUAUUGUGAAAAGGAAAAUGGGCUGUCUUUCAAAUGGCACUUAUAAAUAGAGAUCCUCUCUGCUCUGUCUGGCUGUUGAAUGGCACUUCUUGUAAAAAAUAAAUAAAUUAAAUAAAGGUAAGGUUUUGGCCCAGUGUCCUUGGCCUGUGGUUCGCUGCUGCCCUCCAUCUUAGACUGUAUCUACUUUAGAGUUUUUUUUUCCCCCUACAAUUUUUCCACCAUGGCUGCAACCAGGGCAAGUCCACUAGUGAUAGUAACAUUGGUAGUGUGCCAAAAUAGACCAGCCACCAGCAUUAUAAUCACAAUGUCGUUAAACACUGCUCAGAGCAGUGGUUACAACAGUGGGGGCCACUGAUAACCAGUCUAUCCUAACACUUCCACUGUUGCUCUCCCUGGCAGGAGCACUGGAGGGAAGUUUUAAGAAAACAAUUUGAAUGUAGACAAGCCUAUAAAGGUGUCUGCAUUCCAUUCUGUGUAUCCUGCAAACAGGUCUGCAGUCUUGUCCCUUAGACUAGUGCUUGAAUCUCCACUUGCAUCUUCAGAGGCAGGAUUGGGCUCCGAGUUUGUAACGUGCAUCUUUGUUGGUCUUAAAGAUGUAAAAUAUCCCACAUUGUACAAUGAAAAAUUCUACUUUUCAUACUGUAGAGAAAGUUAUCGUGCAAUACCUCAAGUGAGGCAAAUUCAGAAGUGACCAUUACUGCAUUACUACUAACAGGGAUGGCGUGGCACAGGUUUGUAGUCAGGCCUGGCACCUGAGGUAUUGGUUUAGAGCAGUAGCCUGCAUCGGGGUGGCUGGCUGAUUAGUUUUGGAGGAAUGUGGCUGAUGAUUUGAGCCAAUCUUACCACAGCAUAGCAGCCUUCUCCUUCUGAGAAGGAAAGUGCAUUCGCUCCCUGGGGUGUUUCAUGCUUCACCCCAUUGUGCAGGAAUAUUAUGGGAUUCAAGGAGUAGAGAGGAAAUGAGAAGCAAUGUUUAUAUAAUGCUUUCUACCCUCCAGGAAGAAGGUCUGUUGUGACUGUUGUUUGACGGUUGAUCUUUUCUAUACUGAAUCUUUGUGUUGUGCACUGCAGAAUCUCCCCUCCCUAACCUCAGCUAAGAGCAUUUUCUCUAAUGUGCAAAAUUCCAUAACAAGAAUAUUUGUUUUUGUAUUCCAGGGGCCCAUUUUUGAUCAAGGAACCAAUGACUGUUUAAAAAGACAAGCCUUUCCUCUAAAUAAGUGACGAGAUUGUUGAUUAGCCCAGGAGCUUUGCAAAAAAUCAGAUGUGGCAGUGUGCUAAUUAUGGUAAAGGACAGUUUUUAUAGUACUGUCACUGCCAUCGGUUAGAUCCAACUGAUUGUACUUACACAAAAAGUUAUCCCUUUCCCUUUGAUAUAACUGUAGUAAGAUUGCUCACGGUGCAAAUCGCUCAGCGUUGGUAAGCUGUGACUCUUACAAGCUUAGGGGAGUAGCUAUUAGAGCUCUCAAAUUUUUGCCGCUGACCUGGACACCUACACAAUCCAUGUCAUAAACACUUGGCUUGAAAUAGGGGCAGGGGGUAAGGGGUUUCACUCUGACACGUCUGCUCUCUAAUACUAGAGCCGAUGAAGUAAUACGGCAUUGCAAGCGAUGCUCUUGGCGGAUGGGAUUGGGUUAAUGUAUAUAUACACUGUAGGGGGAGUUGCACGCAUGGAUCGCAUUAGUAUUCCCGCCCUAUCAAUGUGCCAUGUUGCUCACCACGUCAGUCUGCCCGAUUCCCUACGUCUAACCAGUCCCACCAAAGGGUUCAGAUGGGAUCUUCAGCCAGGCGAGCCCUUGGAGACCGGAGCCAGGCGAACGCUUAGAGGGCGCCGGUCCGCACACACGCGGCCCUUCUCUCCCGCAGGGCCGGGGCGGGGGGAUGAAGAAGCUGGCGCCGCUCUGGGAAGACACCAGGAGAGGCCGCCCCGGCAGCAGCCGCGCGGGUUUGGAAGGCUGAAUUCCCUCCUGAAUGGCAGCUGCCAGCUGCCAGCCCCGGCUGCAUCUGCCCGACCUGCAAAUCGAUGCCGACGGGAGGAGGGCUCAGCGCGCCAGCACGGGGCUGACAUGCUGCUGAGCCGGAGAAGUUGACGAGCCCGCUCCCCUUCCUGGCUGGAGUGGGAAGGAUGCUGCCGGGCCCCGCGCUCCUGCACGCUGAAGGUGACCAGCCGCCGCUGCCGCAUUUCAGUCUGUGACGGGAGAAGUGUGGGGAGAGGAAAGUGACUCUGGAUCCCUCCUCGGACUCAUCGUCGCCGAGCCGCUGCCGGUGGGGGGAGAAAUUUGCCCGCUCCUGCUGGGAUCAGUGCAGCUGCUUUUGCUUGGUGGAUGCGUGUGCAUGAGUUCUGCACCGAAUGGGCGCAAGAAGCGCCCCAGGACCGCCGGCUCUAUCUUCCAGAUCAGCAAACCCCCCCUGCCCGGCGGGGACGGGGAACGCCGGGGCAGCGGCUCUGAGAGCUCCUACAAAACCCAGAGAGCCCUGGAGGACUGCAAGAUGCUUGUUCAGGAGUUCAAUACCCUGGUGGCUCUAUACCGGGAGUUAGUCAUUUCCAUUGGGGACGUCUCCGUCAGUUGUCCGUCUCUAAAUGCUGAAAUGCAAAAGACUAGAACCAAAGGAUGUGAGAUGGCCUAUCAGGCGCACCAAAAACUAGCAGCAAUCUCUGGCCCAGAAGAUGGAGAGAUUCAUCCUGAAAUCUGUAGACUAUACAUUCAGUUGCAAUGUUGCUUAGAAAUGUACACAACAGAGAUGCUCAAGUCCAUAUGUCUCCUAGGAUCCCUCCAGUUUCAUCGGAAAGGAAAAGAGCCUUGUGCAACACCCAGGAUCCUAGACAAUAAAAUGGAGGAGAGUUCAGAAGUACCUAUUUUAGAAGACACAUCAUCUUCACCAAUAGAUAUUCAACAGCAUUCAUGGCAGGUUUCCACCGAUAUUGAAAACACUGAAAGAGACAUGAGAGAAAUGAAAAAUCUUUUAAGCAAACUCAGGGAGACUAUGCCUUUACCAUUGAAAAAUCAAGAUGAUAGCAGCCUCCUAAACCUGACUCCUUAUCCAUUAGUGAGAAGACGGAAGCGAAGAUUCUUUGGACUAUGCUGCCUUGUCUCAAGCUAAAAAAUUCAGUACAGAAACUCCAAGAAAACCAUAACUUUCAUGAAACCAAUAUUAUUUGACCUUUGAAAGGAUAAACCUUACUGCUCUUGAUUAUAAAGUGUUUUCUACACUGCCCUAUUCCUUCUCCCCCCGCCCUUUUCAAAAAGGAGUUUUACAG